AUGGCAGGUAUGUCAACGUCUGAGGAGCUGAUGAGUGCUAACAUGCAGGCCACCUCCGAGUGCGUUUACCCGACCUCCGCUGGAGAAUAUGUCCGCAGAAUCGCUAACGUCGCAGCACGACCCGGCGAUCGACCGCUGGGCGGCUAUGGUGAGCUUCUUCGAGGAUGUGCCAAGCUAACAUGUCAGCGUGAGAACGUGUACCAGCACUUCAAGUUCACCCGCACCGCUACCCGCCACGUCCUCACCUGGGGUAUCGCUGUCCCUGCCUUCAUUGCUGUCUGCGCCUGGAAGUUCGACGACAAGUACGACUGGGCUGGUAAGCUCCGGGGACAGAGCCUGCUCAGGGAGCCCACCAAGAAGGAGAACGAGCAGCAGUAG